AUGAUUGAGAAGUUGAAGUUGCAAUUCUUUUUUUACUCCCUCACUUACUUUGGCGUUUGUGGGGCGACAAGCAAGGAUGCAGACGAGACAAGCGGGAGAGCAGCAGGCCAGAAGAUAAAAAAUGCUGCUCAAGGGCAUGGAAGGAUAGUGUCCAGCACUUUAAAACUUGUUUGUUGUCUUUUUGUCGCCCUGCCUUUGCCCACAGCUACUUCAAAUAUCACGAUGGCAUCGCCCCGCAGUCUUGAGAUUGUGCUCCUGGGAGCCACCGGAUACACGGGGAAGCUAUGCGCCGAACACAUUGUCAAGAAUCUUCCUACCAACCUCGCAUGGGGAAUUGCUGGCCGCUCUACGAAGAAGCUGGAGGACCUGUCUGCCAAACUACUUACGUAUAACGAUGACCGCAAGGCUCCAGAAAUCCUCUCGGUUCAAUUCAAUGACACUGAACUGAAGGAUCUGGCCUGCAAAACGAAGGUUAUCAUCAACUGCGUAGGCCCAUAUCGCAAGCACUCUACCCCUGUGGUCAAGGCCUGUGCUGAAAACGGUACCCACUAUGUUGACGUGUACGGCUCUGAAGCCCCUUAUUUCUUCCGUUUUUACUUCUUUGGAUAUUAA